GGAAUUCGGAGCUUGUUCGAUUCAGAGUCGGGUAAUCUGGCGUGCUGGAGCAGAACACACCCUGAGUUUUGAACUGAGAUCGCCAGCUCGAAUGGGUGCAGAUAAGCGCUGCUAGGGAUUCGGUACAUUGGGAUUUAUUUCACACUUUCUGUUCAAAUUUUGGAAAGACUCGGGAGUCGAAAUGCCUGGAGCUCGGCAUUGCCCCCGGAUCGAUACUCGCGAGCUGAAACUUCAGAUUGAAAGGAAGAUCGGCCGGCAGAGGGCAGAGCAGUAUUUUCAUCUGUUCGGGAGAUACUUAAGCUUAAAGCUGAGCAGAUCUGAAUUUGACAAGCACUGCAACAGUUUAUUCGGGAGAGAUAAUAUCCGCCUUCACAACGCACUCAUCCAGGCGUUCUUGAAAAAUGCAUGUGUCGCAAAAGCCCCUCCACCCAGAGAUAAGAAAGCGCGGGCUUCGUUGAAUGUGAGUGUACCGAAUGGAUAUGAAAGAGGGAGUCUUCAGUCGCUGUGCAGGGACGUGUUUCCUCAGUCCCCCAGGAAGGGUAGAACGCCUACGCAUCGUGAUCGCAAGUUUAAAGACCGGCCAAGUCCUCUGGGACCAAACGGGAAAGUCAUUACUGCUACAUGUGAAGACUCUGCACAGAAAGUACUUGAACAGCAAAGUGCUACUGAGCUGCUGUCUUUAGGCAGCAGGCCACCUGUUGAAGUUAAUUCUGUGGAAGACGGAGAAGAGGUAGAGCAGGAGGGUAAACCUGCCAUUUACAGUAGGGUUCCUGUCACAGCUCCACUUGGGGUCUCUCUGAUGUCAAGGGCAACAAAGAAAUUUUUACAUCAUGGAGCAGAAUCUGUUCUCCCAGUAGAAACUUGUCAUGUCAGUGGUAAGUUGCCUGAUUCGAGCUCUCUCAAGAAAAGAUUGGAACAGAAGUUGGAGGCAGAGGGGUUGAAGGUUUCCACUGAUUGUGUUAAUCUCUUAAACAAUGGGCUGGAUGCUUAUCUCAAGAGAUUAAUAGAGCCUUGCUUGUCACUAGCUUCUUCAAAGUCAAGACAGAAGAUUGUUCAACAUCAAGCUGUAUCCACUUUAAACGGGAUGAGCACUGUGAGACACGUUAAAAAGCCACACGAAUGUUGUGCUUCAUUGUUAGACUUCCGUGUUGCUAUGGAGUCAGAUCCUAGGGUGCUCGGAGAAGACUGGCCCACACAGCUUGAGAAGAUUUGCGUGCGCGCAUCAGAAGAACCUUUGGUUGAUUAGUGCAAGUUUUGUGUGUGGUUGUGACUUAAGUCAAACAAAGAGUUUUGAUAUGGAUCACAAGUUCAUUACCUGAUCUAGUAGUGAUGCUGACACAGAAGGCUGUUAUAAGCAAUGAGUAACUCAUCUACGUGGUUUCAAGCUAGAAAAAGUUUUGGAUCAAGGUUUUUAGGUUGUAUAUACACCUCAGAGCUGAUUAUUUCUGGAUUGGGGAUUGUUACCUCAUAAAGCCUUCUGGAUUUUCCGAUCAAAGUGCCAAGUAGAAAAAGAUGGAAGUAAAUAUCAGUUUGAGUGGUGAAGCAGCGGCAAGUAGAAAAAACAGACUGUGGUGGAGCAGUACGAGUGGCAACGACGGCUAGAAAAACAAAGACGGAGGUGAAGCAGUGCAAGUCAGUCAAGUUGGUUGAAUGAGAUCGUGUAUUAUAUUCAAGGGCAUAUUGAGAAAGUCAAUAACUUUUUAAACGUUUCUUAAUCACUGUUCUUGGUCAAACCGGGAACAUUAUUUUUUGGACGGAGGGAGUAUUAUUUUAUCCUCAGCAUACAGUUCUAUUUCCAGGAAGUCAAGUAAAUAGCUGCAUGACAUUUGUUUGGGAUGUCCCAAAAUGGUACUCAAGCAAAGGUUAGGUUUGCAAGAAAAGUCAUUUUUAUCCAAAAGUAUUGCAUCUGCAGUAUUCCAAGGUACCAGACAAAUGUAAGGAUACUGACAGAAAAGUUCAAUUUUUUUUAAACCACAGAAAUAAGAAAAGCACUUUUAUGGG